GAUUUUUUUCUCCCCCACUCCCGAACCCUAGCCGCGCCUGCGGAUCUUCUCCGUUCCAGCGACGAAUUUUUCUCCCACGACGGCUUUGUCAUCCUCAGAGCUCCACAGCAGCGCAACUCCAAUUCCUCAGAGCUCCUUCACCCGUUCCAGCGUUCCAGCGACUUCCGCUCUCCGAGUCCAGCCAGUGUUUCCAGCGACUUCCGAAAUCCGAGUCCAGCCAGCGACGAGACGACUUCCGAACUCCGAGUCUCCAACAAGUUUCCCUCAAGUCUCCAACAGCUCAAGCCCCCAGCGUCGUCUCCAUCUCUGUUGGCUAGAUCUGCAACAGAGGAAAAGCAGGAAAGCUGAAUUAGAAAACAUAUGGAAUCUAAAUUUUUUCGGUUUCUCAAAAUUGUGGGAGUUGGAUUCAAAGCUAGAACCGAAGCAGAAGGCCGUCAGCUUUUCCUGAAACUAGGUUACAGCCACGAGGUGGAGUUUGCUGUCCCUCCUGCUGUCCGAGUGUUUUGCUUCAAACCCAACAUAGUUUGCUGCACUGGAUUAGACAAACAUAGGGUGCACCAGUUUGCUGCUUCUGUUCGUAGCUGCAAGCCGCCUGAGGUCUACAAGGGCAAGGGUAUAAUGUAUAUUGAUGAAGUUGUUAAAAAGAAGCUAGGGAAGAAAUCAAAAUGAUGUUUAUUGUUUAUUGUUGAUUUGUGCGAGUUUGUUUGCAAGAAGCUCAGUCUUCUCAUGUCAAGUUGUUUGUUUUAGGAAAUGGUGAUAAGUUGUUACCUUCUUUGAUGAAAUGGUUUUAAGUGGGGGUUUGAGUCCCCUGUAUCAUCCUAGUUGCUCAUUUUCUUGUUAUUGGAUAUCUAUUAUAUAUAAGCCUGUUGCUUUAGCA